AUGAUUCGUUCUACGUUGAUUUUCAGAGAAGAUGGGUUACCAUUGUGUGCCUCAGUGGAUGAUGACACUGAUCCCAGUUUACAAGAGCAAAAGAAGAAGGUGAAGAUCCUAAUAUCAAGAUUCACUCCGACGUCAGCAAACGAGGCUACAGUGGAAAGUGGUGAUUUCGAGAUCCAUUAUAUCAGAUUGAACACCGUGGUCUAUAUUGUGGUCGCAGAAAGGAACUAUCCACGUAAUUUGGCAUUCUCAUACUUGGCAGAUAUACAACAAGAAUUCGAACACAGUUACGGGGGACAACUCUCGAAAUCGAACGUUAGACCGUAUGAGUUCGUAUCCUUCGACAACUUCUUACAAAAGACCAAGAAAGUUUACAACGACAAAAGAGUACAGGGGAACAUGGACCAAUUGAAUCAGGAUCUAAAAGGUGUCAAACAAAUCAUGACAAAAAACAUCGAAGAUCUAUUGUACAGAGGUGAUUCCUUGGAUAAGAUGAGUGAUAUGAGUGCGUCCCUAAGACAAGACGCUAAAAAGUACAGAGCCUCCGCACAAAAGAUCAACUUCGACCUAUUGAUUAGCCAGUACGCGCCAAUUGCGAUCAUAGCAUUCUUUUUCGUAUUCUUAUUGUGGUGGAUGUUCUUAAGAUGA